AUGGGUGUCGAGAAACCCGUCAUGGCGGUGGCGUCCACGGGUGCCAUCCUGGCCACCCUCGCCUGCCUCCUCUCCAUUCCCACGCUGUACAGAGAAAUCAACGAAAUUCACGACAUGGUCCUCAGCAGUGUGGCCGUUUUCCGCACCGAAACCGACUCAGCAUGGAUCGACAUGAUGGAUGUGCAGCUGCUUGUGACACCGCCGUCGAAGCGACGCGAAAAUCCGUUCAAUUCGAUUUUCCGUCAGAAGCGACAAGGUUUGCCACCAUGGUGCAUCUGUACACCAAUCACUAUCACGUGUCCUCCGGGACCUCCAGGACCUCCCGGCAGACCUGGACCCCCAGGGAACCCCGGUCGUCCAGGCCCUCCUGGAAGAGAUGACACGACUGUGUAUGCUCCUAUCCACUGUCCUCCACCACCCAGUGCCUGCAUCAGGUGCCCUCCUGGACCACCGGGACUACCAGGGCCGCCUGGUCCACCAGGAAAUCCAGGACCAACUGGCCAUCCCGGACAACCAGGGCGAAAGGGAGAGCAUGGAGUACCUGGAGCUCAGGGUCCACCUGGAGCCGCUGGACCUGCAGCCUUACCUGGACCACCUGGUCAGCCUGGAAUGAAAGGUCAAGAUGGCCGCCGUGGCAGAGGAGCACCUGGAAAGUCGGGCGCACUUGGUCGUCCUGGUUCACAAGGAAAACCUGGCUUGCGUGGCAAGGAUGGCAUACCUGGAACUCCCGGCAGACCUGGACCAAAUGGACUUCCUGGCACACCAGGUCAGAGAGGAAACGAUGGUCAGCCCGGCUCGCCUGGAUCGCGUGGACGUCCGGGCAAGGACGCCGCGUACUGCCCAUGUCCUCGUCGCAGCGCAUAUGUAGAAUCCCGCCCUGCUGGGUAUGCGGCCCCACCUGAUUCUGGAUACAGAAAAGCGAAGAAGAUGAAGAAGAAGGUGAAGAAGAUCUAA